CCCCGGUAAAAGUUGAGCCUCAAAAUUAAAAAUAAGAGUCGCACCCUCAAAACCCCCUGCACCUCCUCGUUGACUGGCACAAAAUAUCUCGAUGUCAUCCCAACCUCGCCCGAUCCAGGUCGGAAAAUCGUCGUAACCUCUGUUCCCUCACUCCGCGAUCGGUAGGCAAAACGCGUCCCAAAUCGCGAAUUUCGCGGCCUAGUGGUUAUUCUAUCCCUUUAACGUGCGCGUUGAAAGUAAUCGAACAAGUGUUUCGGGAUUGCAUAGUGCAAAACAAUACGACAACCGAUACAAUCGGGUUGAAAUGAUUCGAUUCGAGUGGUUCGAUUAUAUCGAUUUCGUUAUCGGCUGAAUUACUUAAUAAAAUUUCGGGAUUGCAUAGGCAUAUUUAAGUGUUUCGUAUCUCAAAGCUCCACAUCUGCAGUGCUUUAGUGAUCCAGAUUUUUCGCGUUGGGACCAAAUGAAAAUCGAUAAACGGCGAGUUUACGUCCACUCGAUAACAUCCCGACUCCAGAUCGCCCGGAAGACACCAUCGUCAGUGAAGGGCGGGACUCGAACCCGGAUCCCUAGUCGUUGAGGCGAGACAACAGUGGGUACCGCGUCAUGGGUGUCGGUGUCGAUUUAAAUCGGUGACGUCAUGACACACCUCGCAUCGAAUUUCGACGAGUUGGAGGAACCUUUGACGCAGGAUUCUUCGCCUACACUGACACUAAUUCUAUCAAAGGGCUCAGCAGAUUCAAAUUACUCACAGCCAUCUUCGGAGCUCUCCCUGGACGAAGAGAAGGAAGCCAUUCGCCGCGAGAAGGAGCGGCAAGCGAAAAGUCAGCUCGACAGGGCCAGGCUGAAGCCGGUGGCUUUCGCGGUGAGGACGAACGUGUGCUACGACGGGAAGCUUGACGACGACUCGCCGAUUCACGGCAGCGCCAUCUCCUUCGACGUCAAGGAUUACCUCCACAUCAAGGAGAAGUACGACAACAACUGGUGGAUCGGGAGGCUGGUGAAGACCGGUUCCGACGUUGGGUUCAUCCCGUCGCCGGUGAAGCUGGAAAACCUGCGGCUCCAGCAAUCGCAGGCCCGCAACUCCAAGCUCUACUCCUCCAAGACUUCCUCGUCAAGUAAUUUAGGUGCGCUAGCGUUAGCCAAUGACAUCGUUUCCACCUCCAAAAGCGCCAAUGCUCACUCACGUGGCUCCACCCCUCCUACCCCUGGUGAAGAUUCGGAUUCUGUGGGGAACGCGAAGCUACCGGGGAAGUCUCUGACGUCUGCGCCGACGAAAGAAAAGCGGAAACCAUUCUUUAGGAAACAAGAAAUAACUGCACCCUACGACGUAGUGCCGUCUAUGCGGCCGGUGGUUUUGGUUGGCCCCUCGCUCAAAGGCUACCAGGUCACCGAUAUGAUGCAAAAGGCCCUGUUUGACUAUCUUAAACAUAGGUUUGAAGGAAGGAUAAUUAUAACACGAGUCGAGGCAGAUAUUUCAUUAGCGAAGCGAUCGUUGCUGAAUAAUCCGUCGAAGCGAGCUGUGAUGGAGCGCUCUAAUUCCCGAUCCACCUGUCUAGCUGAAGUCCAGGCCGAGAUAGAGAGGAUAUUUGAACUAGCCCGAACACUACAGCUUGUAGUUUUGGAUUGUGAUACUAUCAACCAUCCAUCUCAGUUAGCAAAAACUUCGCUAGCACCAUGUAUAGUCUAUUUGAAAAUUUCCUCACCCAAAGUGCUACAAAGACUGAUUAAAUCCCGGGGGAAGUCGCAAACGCGGCACCUGAACGUGCAGAUGGUGGCGGCGGAGAAGCUGGCCCAGUGCCCGCCGGAGAUGUUCGACCUGAUCCUAGACGAGAAUCAGCUGGAGGACGCGUGCACGCACAUCGCCGACUAUCUGGAGACCUACUGGAGCGCGACGCAUCCCACCGUGGACCAACCGCCGGCCCCGGUGCCCCGACCCAUCCAGCAGCCCUCGCCCGCCCUCGACCACCCCGCUAACCUCGGUCGUGUCACUUCAACACCACCCGGCCUGCACCCAGAAGAUUAUGAUUAUCCUCAAGAUCAAAGAGGGGGCUACCACCACCCACCCCGAGGGCGCUCGCGGAUCGUGCGGGAGCGGGGCGAGAUGUCCGAGUACGAGGACUCGGGGGUGUCGGUCGUGUCGCGGGACGGCAUGAUCAUGUACCACCCCCACGGGCAGCACCCGCACCCCCACCAGCAGCACCCGCACCACCACCCGCAGCACCAGUCCCCGCCGGGCGGGCCCUACGCCCACCCGGACCCCCGCGGGCGGGAGAUGUACCAGCGCGGGCUCAGCGGCGAGGAGCGCUACCCGGAGCGGCACCGCGCCCCCCUCCACGACCCCGAGGAGUACCACCCUCACCACUCCCAUCGCGCCAGCUCCAAGCGGGCCCUCAACGCCGUCUAACAUCAGCAGGUCCGGUUCUCUCAGCCGGGCGUCUCCAGUGAUUGAACCGGAGGCUACAGUUAGUUGUCCACGGAUGUCGGACCCCGCCUCAAUCGGGUCCUGUCAAAUCAGGGUUGUACGCGUGAAAUGAAAAAUAUGAAGGAUUGGAAAUUUCCGUGGAAAAUUUCGUGAAAUUUUACGAGACUGUGAAAAAUUCCAUGUUUUUCAGGGGUUAGAGUAUGCAACCCGCGCUCAAAUACACAAAAAUCGAGGACAGUCACAAUUUUCACACUUUGCGAAA